AUGGAAAAAAAUGUUUCCAGUUCCCCAAAAUCUGUCGAGACACCCACGCCCGUCGAGGGUACACAACAAGAAUAUUCUCCACCCAAACAAUUACUUCCCAUUAGGCCCCCAUUUCCACCGACCAUUAGUGUUGAGGAUUUAAUCAUCUCCAGACCUAACGGCGAAAAGCCCUCCAAAGCUUCCAAUGCAUUUAUGAUUUAUCGGAAGGCUUACGUCAGGGAGUUGCAUUCGAGAGGCAUUAAUCUUCAGAUGACACAAAUUUCUCCGAUAGUCUCUGAAUCAUGGAAAAAGGAGCCUGAGGGUGUUAAAGAAGAAUAUAAACGUCUUGCCGAAGCUGCAAAAAAAAGAUACAAAGAGAUUUGGCCGGCAAAACAAAAACGUCGACAUCGAAAGAAACAGCAGCUACCCAUUCCUUCCUAUCUUUUGUUCGAAGAUGCUUCAAAGCCAUAUACUGCGCAGCCUGGAGACACUUGGCAAGUUCCUUCUUCUUGGCAAUCGCCAUCCGAUCCAUCCUUAUCCACCUCGAGCAAUAACAUUCAAACCAACAAUUCCACUUAUGCUCUAUCGUCGUCUAACAAUAAUAACGAAAAUCCUUUGGAAAUUUAUGGUGCUGGACACGACAUACCAUCCAGAGGAAGCAUAAAUUUAUCAUCAAAUGAACGCCCUGAAUUUCAACGAGGGAGUGGGCCUACUGGACAAACAGAUCGAAAGCUUUUGAUACUGACAUAUCAUCAAUUAAUGAACAAUUGGCACAAGGAGCUCAGUAGUCACAGCACACAUCCUUACCGAACUUUCAGUGAAGCCAUGGGGGUUCCCCUUUUCUCUAUUCAUCUAGUAUAA